CAUGCGACUAAUGCAAGAUUAACCCCUUGAGUCCUUGACUAGCGGUUGGUUGUCGGUUAGCACACUUCUCUGUGUCCCUUAGCUAAUUCUUUCCUCUGUUAACUCUCAAUCAAAUUGCAUCAGACAGUACAAAUUCUCUUUUUAUUCUCUGUGCUAUUAUGUACGAAGAUUCAAGAAGAGGGUUUGGGGAUUAAUUAUUGGGAAAGAACAAGAUGUUCUCGAAGUGGGUGUUUUGUGGGUUUGUUUAUUUUCUCUUGGGUUUUCUCAAUUUGGUAGAGUUCUGUAGUGGUGGGAUAACCAGUAGUUAUGUAAGAAACGAUAACCUGAGUUUGGAUAUGCCAUUAGACAGUGAUGUGUUUAGGGUACCUCCUGGGUAUAAUGCGCCCCAACAGGUUCAUAUAACACAAGGGGAUCAUGAGGGUAGGGGUGUGAUUAUCUCUUGGAUCACUCCAGAUGAACCGGGUUCAAAUACAGUUGUCUACUGGGCAGAAGAUAGCAAGCUCACGGGCAGUGCUAAUGGCGUUGUCCUUACCUACAAGUACUUCAAUUACACUUCUGGUUACAUUCACCACUGCAAAAUCAAGAAUUUGAAGUUUCAUACAAAGUAUUACUAUGAGGUUGGGAUUGGAAACACGACGCGGCAGUUUUGGUUCAUAACUCCUCCCAAAGUUGGCCCUGAUGCUCCUUAUACUUUUGGUCUUAUAGGGGAUCUCGGCCAGACUUAUGAUUCAAAUAGGACGCUAACUCACUAUGAGUCAAACCCAGCGAAAGGACAGACAGUACUGUUUGUUGGGGAUCUCUCUUAUGCGGAUGAUUACCCAUUUCAUGACAACACCAGAUGGGAUACAUGGAGUAGAUUUAUAGAGAGAAAUGCUGCUCAUCAACCUUGGAUAUGGACUGCAGGGAAUCAUGAGCUUGAUUUUGAUCCAGAAAUUGGUGAAACUAAACCCUUCAAACCAUAUACAAGUCGUUUUUUCGUACCCUUCAGAUCUUCUGAAAGUACAUCUCCUCUUUGGUACUCAAUUAAGAGGGCUUCAGCGUACGUGAUCGUCUUGUCUUCUUACUCAGCUUAUGGGAAAUACACUCCCCAGUACAAAUGGCUGGCAAAGGAACUGCCGAAGGUGAACAGGACUGAAACUCCAUGGCUCAUUGUUCUAAUGCACUCUCCCUGGUAUAAUAGUUAUGUUCAUCAUUAUAUGGAAGGGGAAAGCAUGAGAGUGAUGUACGAGUCAUGGUUUGUGGAGUACAAAGUAGAUGUUGUCUUUGCUGGUCAUGUUCAUGCCUACGAACGAUCAGAACGCAUCUCUAAUAUCGCAUACAACAUUGUAAACGGAUUGUGUACUCCCAGGAGUGACCAUUCUGCCCCUGUCUACAUAACCAUUGGAGAUGGAGGAAAUCUAGAGGGAUUGGCUACUGAAAUGACAGAGCCACAACCACCAUACUCAGCCUACCGGGAGGCCAGCUUUGGACAUGGCAUUUUUGACAUUAAGAAUAGGACGCAUGCCUACUUCAGUUGGCAUCGGAAUCAAGAUGGAUUUGCUGUGGAAGCAGACUCUUUAUGGUUCCAUAAUAGAUACUGGACAUCACCGGAGAGGUCCUUCCUAGCCACAUCCCAAUGAGGGUCUCAUUUCCAAUGGUUUGUCCUCUUUUAUGGCACAAAUCAACCCAGACUGUAUGGACAAUACGGUGUAUGUAUUAUGCACUACCCAAUGCAAUAAAUUAAAGAUCGAUUCAAAGUGUAUAAUUAUAUCAUCAAACCGUCAAUUGAUAAAUUAGAAUGAAUAAAAUUACGUCUGAUGAAA